CACACACAUCACAUCAACUGCGGGGAAGUGAGCACUCUAAGUGUUUUUUGUUUCAUUCAGUCAAGAAAGGAGACCAUGUCGAGCACCAGGUUUGGAGAUGCACUUGUCCGGGCAAACUCGAGCAAUGUCAGGAAAAUAUACACAUCAUGGGGAAGAUGUCGAGCAACAUUGCCAUCCACUAAGAUCAAGCAAGAAAAAGAACAGAUUAAUAGGCACGCCGUGGUGGAAGCUGUACCGGUUGAACUUAUCAGCCAGACCAAGAGCUGCACAAAGUCACAGCUGAAGAAAAUCCACAUUGACUUCGACAAUACCAAAGAAGCCUACAAAAGCAAGGGUAAUAUUGAACUGCUCCGAAGUCUGCUGGUACUUAAGCUUUGUACAAUUGAUGUCGUCGUUGAAAAGAACAAAGAGUUGAUGGAGCUGAGUAAGAAGGUGCUUGGGAGGUGGAUGUUUGAGAAGCUGAUGAAGAUGACCUUUUAUGGCCAGUUUGUGGCAGGAGAAGACCACGAAUCCAUCAGACCCUUAAUUAGGAAGAAUCGGGCCUUUGGUGUGGGGGCAGUUUUGGACUAUAGUGUUGAAGAGGACUUGUCACAAGAGGAGGCAGAGAAGAAGGAAAUGGAAUCAUGUGUUUCUGAAGCAGAGAAAGAAAGUCCAGAUUCUGAUCAUCGUGAGAAGAAGUACAAGGCUCAUCGUCAGUUUGGGGACAGGCGUGGGGGGGUUAUCAGUGCCCGCACCUACUUCUAUGCAGAUGAGGCCAAAUGUGACAGCCAAAUGGAGACAUUCAUAAACUGCAUUAAAGCCUCUGGUGGAGCUUCUGAAGAUGGAUUUUCUGCCAUCAAAAUGACUGCUCUGGGGCGCCCCCACUUCCUGCUCCAGUUUUCAGAAGUCCUGGUUAAAUGGAGAAGGUUCUUUAACUUCCUCGCAGCACAACAGGGAAAGUCUGAAAUGAUGGUUCUGGAGCAAAAACUGGAGCUGGAGCAACUCAAGGAAAGCUUGACUAAGAUGGGUGUUGGAUCCAAGGAUGACGUUGAGAAUUGGUUUAUUGGAGAGAAGCUGGGUUUGUCAGGAACAAUAGAUCUCCUGGACUGGAACAGUUUAAUAAAUGAUACAACAAAAAUCUCCAAUCUGCUAAUGGUGCCAAACGUCGAGACAGGCCACCUGGAGCCUUUGCUGAACAAGUUUACAGCUGAGGAGGAGAGGCAGAUGAAGAGAAUGCUGCAGAGAGUUGACGUCCUGGCGAAGCAAGCCAUGGAGAACGGUGUCAGACUAAUGGUGGAUGCCGAGCAGACGUACUUCCAGCCAGCCAUUAGUCGACUGACCCUGGAAAUGCAGAGGAAAUUCAACAGAGAGAAACCAGUCAUUUUUAACACUUACCAGUGUUACCUCAGGGAAGCCUAUGACAGUGUAACUGUGGAUGUUGAGCUGUCACGACGGGAGGGCUGGUACUUUGGUGCCAAACUGGUCCGCGGAGCCUACAUGUACCAAGAGAGAGCCAGGGCUAAGGAGAUUGGCUAUGAAGACCCAAUAAACCCAGACUAUGAGGCCACGAACAGGAUGUAUCACAAAUGUUUAGAGUAUGUGCUGGAAGAGAUUGAACACAGCCACAAAGCAAAUAUCAUGGUUGCAACUCACAAUGAAGACACAGUGAAAUUCACCCUAGAAAAGAUGAAUGAUAUGGGUCUUUCACCCACUGAGAAUAAAGUUUACUUUGGACAGCUGCUUGGCAUGUGUGACCAGAUCAGCUUCCCACUGGGCCAAGCUGGUUUCCCAGUUUACAAGUAUGUUCCAUACGGCCCAGUCAAUGAGGUCAUCCCAUAUUUGUCCCGUCGUGCUCAAGAGAACCGUGGCAUCAUGAAAGGAUCCCAGAGAGAGCGCAGCCUGGUGUGGAAGGAGCUGAAACGCAGGGUGCUGUGUGGUCAGAUUUUCUAUAAGCCUGUCUACUGAGUUGCUGGAUCACAGUUUCAUUACUGCAAUAUGCCUAUAAACAUUCCACCAUCUUAGCUGUACCACUACCUGUUAAUUGCUCUUGCAAAGAAAGCUUAAUGUCUGCAGGGCGCUACAAUGUGGACAUUUCACUUGCAUAUGGAAGGGAAAAUUAGAGCAUGUGAAUAUGAAAAACUUGUAGGUUCACUGGUGUGAGUGACCAGGACUGCCUGUCCUCUCUGUUUUCUGUGUUGGUGUUUGAACAAGGGCAGGGCUGAGAUCCUGCGCACACACACAGCAGACAGCGGGCAGAGAGUCUGCCAAGGAGAAAGUAACAUCAGAGGAGAUGACAGCAAAUAUGCUCAUUACUGUAUAUGCAAUAAAAAGCCAAUAAGAGUAAUUUACUGAAACCAUUAAACAAACAUAACCUUGCAGAAAAUUGUUAUUUUAAGUUUUACCUGCACGUAUGUGCUAACCAAAGCGAGUGUUUUAGGCUAAUAGCAACAAGCUAAAACCAAAGCUGACAGUAUGUAGCCUUACUGUUUAACCUAAUUUCAACCAUAACUUAAAAUGAGCUAAGUCUGGGCUUAUAUGUUACAGUUUAAAAAGUGAUGCAUCAAUGUUGUUUCUGCCCCUAAAUGUUUGUAGCACAUUAGGUCCUGAGUACCUUUGCCUGUUAGGUGGUGCAGUUUUACAGUUUUACUAUUUUAACUGGAAUGAUUUGUGAUAAAAGAUUUAUUUUCUGUGAUGGUUAAUAUUUGUCUCUAAAGCAGAAUUUGUUUAACUUAACUCUGCAAAAACAUUGAAAAACUCAUUCUUUCUUUUCUAAUUAAUUUCUCCAAAUGUUUAUGCCUCAGAACACUGAUAUUUUCUGAUAUACAGCAAGGAUUUCUUCAGUAGAGGCAAGAAAAGUAGAGUGAGUAUGCUUUGUUACACAAUAUAGUAACUAAGUAAAAGUACUUGACAUCUGUUCCUUUUAUACAAAGGCUGUCAUGCUGCUUUUUAAAAUGAUAAAAUGUUUUGUUCAAUGCCAAAUGUUUGUUCAGCACAGUCAACUUGCUGUUACUCAAAAGUGCCUUGUCAUUGUUUUCAAAAGAUAAACUGGAAGCAAUCACUUACUGGACAACUUCAUCUUGUUUAUGUUACUGCACACUUCUCUAAGUGGUUUGUUAAUAAUUGUUAUGUUUAUUGUUGACAUUGCAUGCUCUGAUUUCCUCCUACAGUGCAGCUUAGGUUGAUUGGCAACUCUAAAGUUAGACAUUAUCCAGAAGGGCAUCCGAUGUAAAAUGUUCCAAGUUUAACAUGCAAAUCAUCAGUUGGGUGGCAACUGAUGAUUCGCUGUGGCAACCCCUGAUGGGAACAGCCGAAGGCGGAAGAAGAAGAUUGUUGACAAUGCAUGUGUCACAGUAUUAAUCAACUUGAACAAAUAAGUUGAUUAUUGUGCAGCCUGGUGCCCCAGAAUGUUCCAAAAACAUGCAAAGGUUACUGAUGCAAUUUCCAAGGACAAUGGCACCCAAGUACAAUAAGAACGCUGCACUGUUGCAGCUGCAUAUGCUGUAUGAGAGAAGAGAUCUCCUGUGGUUUCAGUUUGUUACUGUAGAGAAGACUUUAGAAACUGGUUACACAUUAGCAUCAGUGCUUCUGAUGCAGCCCACAGUUUUUGUAAGCUGUGUUGCCCAGUGUAGCCUUCUGAAAGGCUGUGGUUGAAUGAAAGUAACGUAAGUAAAGUUCAGUAUAAAAUGUUUUUCAAAACUGGAAAUUAAUAUUACAGCAUUUUUAUUUAGCUGCUGAAGAUGUCGACAGGAAAGACAAUGGGUAUGCAACACAGGUCCCCAGCCUAAAUCUAAGUGUGGGUGUUGUGGUUAUGUGGCAUACUCAUGCUCAGUGAGAGCACUUCUGUAGUUAGUACCUGAU